AUGGGGUCAACAAACUUCGGCCAAGCAUCGUACAAUCAUCCUCCGGUGUUCACUGGGUCAAAUUACACGGCAUGGAAGAAGAGAAUGAAGACAUUCCUGUGGGGUGUCGACGAAGAUCUAUGGAUCGUGGUGCGCGACGGUCCACUCGCCAUGGAUAAUGAAGAACAAGGAAUCUGGUCCGCCGCCCAAAAGAAGAGCGCCCAACUCAAUCAGCGGGCCAUGCACAUCCUCCAGUCAGCGAUGGCACCUGAUGAAGCGGACAAGGUGGAACAUUGCGACUCAGCUCAAGAAAUCUGGAACUCUCUCGAAAGCACGUACGAAGGAACGUCAAAUAUCAAGGAAACCAGGAUCGAUCUUCUGGUGCAUGAGUACGAGUGCUUCGAAAUGGCUCCAGGUGAGGGUAUUCAUGAAAUGUACUCUCGAUUUACAGUUCUUAUCAAUAAACUCAAAGGGCUAGGAAAGAUUUACCUUCUUAAAGAUCUAAAUAGAAAAAUUUUGAGGUCUCUGCCUAAACAAUGGCUGCCUAAACGAACAGCGAUUGAAGAAGCCAGGAACUUAAAUACUCUUCCUAUAGAUGAAUUGAUAGGGUCCCUGUUGAGUCAUGAGCAUGUUCUUAGACAAGUUAACAAGGAUGAAGAGAAACGUAAGAAGAAUUUAGCCUUUAAAUCUCAGGUGAUAGAUUAUGACUCAGACACUGAUUUAGGUGAUGAAUUCAAUAAAGAAUUUGCUCUAAUAAGCAAUAAGUUUCAUAGGAUGCUUAAAUAUAAACAUGAUCAAAAACAGAAGGCUUAUGAUCGUGGUGGAUCUCAUCGUACUAACCCCUUUGACAAAGUCAAAAAUAAUUUUCAAGAUAGGCUGCGUACUCCGCAGACCAAGCGUGUUGAAACAGGAACAGUUGAAACACAGGAUUGUUACAAAUGUGGGAAGCCUGGCCACAUUCGUGCAAAUUGUCCUCUGACAUUAAGGGCUAAAGAAAAGGCCAUGAAGGCCACUUGGAGCGAUUACGAGUCAGAUGAGGAGGAGGAAGAAGAGGAAGAAAGAGCACUCAUGGCAUUUACAGAACAGGAGCCUGCUUCUCAAACACCUUACAAAUCUCCUGAAGAUUCACAGUGGUACCUUGAUAGCGGCUGCUCGCAUCACAUGUCUGGUAAGAGUUAUUUGUUCAAUUCUCUUGCAAGAAAACGUGGUGGUAAAGUAACCUUUGGAGAUGACAGUCAGGGGAUUAUAGUUGGUUCUGGAAAUAUAGGUGAAAUCCCUGGACCAGUCAUUAAAAAUGUGUUAUUAGUAGAGGGUCUGAAGCAUAACCUUCUAUCUAUAAGUCAGCUCUGCAGUAAUGGCAAUCGUGUCAUUUUUGAGAAUAAUAAGUGCUCUGUAGAACAGGUGAACGAAAACAAAAUACUUUUCACUGGUAAAAGAGUUAACAAUAUGUAUACUGUAGAUGUGUCUGAUCUAAGUUUAUUCAAUGCCAAGUGUCUUCAAGUGUCCGCUACUGCCCCUGAACUUCUUUGGCAUAAACGCCUCGGACAUGUUAGUAUAUCUAAGCUAGCCGAGUUGUCCAAACUUAGUCUAGCAAGAGGUAUACCUAAAUUUAAAGAUAAAACAGACUUCUUCUGCAAUGCCUGCGCUGCUGGCAAGCAUAAAAAGAAAAGCUUUAAGUCUAAACCUAAUAUCACAACCAUUAGGACUUUUGAAUUAAUUCAUAUGGACCUCUUUGGACCUUGUAAUGUCACCAGUCUAGGAGGCAAAAACUACGUUUAUGUUUUGGUAGAUGAUUUCUCCAGAUUCACUUGGGUAUAUUUCCUAUCUAACAAAGAUGAGACCUUUGAAAAAUUCAAGACAUUUGUUACCUUGCAUCACCAAAAUAUAGACAGUAUUCGUAGUGAUAACGGGGGAGAAUUUAUUUCUGAUGUGUUUAAUGAAUUUUGUGACCAGUUAGGAAUUAAACACACUUUUUCUGCUCCUCGUACCCCUCAGCAAAAUGGAGUUGUGGAACGAAAAAAUAGGACUCUUAUUGAGUGUGCUAGGACUAUGUUAUUAGACUACAACUUGCCUAAGUUCUUCUGGGCUGAAUCUGUUAACACAGCAUGUUACAUCAUCAAUCGCGUCAUUGUUAGAAAACAGAUCAAUAAAACGCCUUAUGAAAUUCUAAAAGGAAAAACUCCUAGAAUAUCUUAUUUUCAUCCCUUUGGAUGCCCCUGUUUUACUUUAAACACUCGUGAUCAUCUAGGUAAAUUCGAUGCUAAGUCAGACCCUGCUACAUUCCUUGGAUAUUCCUCUAAGGGUCAAGCUUAUAGAGUGUUUAACAAAAGAACUAGAAAAGUGGAGGAGUCAGUUCAUGUAGUGUUUAAUGAAACUGAUCAGAGUACUCCAGAUCCUGCUUUACUAAUUGAUUUGAGUGAACUAACGAGCUCUUGUCAAGUUUCAUCUAGUGAACUUACAGCUACUGUCAAGGAACCAAGUUCCCAAGAAACCAUAGAGCAACCUGAUGAUGCAGCAGAGGCACCUAAAGCCCCAUCCCACAUUCAAAAACGACAUCCAGAAAGCCAAAUCAUUGGAAAACUGAAUGAUGGUCUGCAAACUCGAGGUAAGUACAUCCCUGGACAAUAUGCUUUUGUCUCACAAAUUGAACCAAAAAAUUAUAAAGAAGCUUUAGAAGAUGAAGAAUGGAAUUUUGCAAUGAUUGAGGAACUCACCCAGUUUGAAUAUCUACAUGUUUGGGAUCUUGUCCCUCGUCCUCCUAAUGUGAUAGUUAUAGGAACUAAGUGGAUUUUUAGGAAUAAAUCUGAUGAACUUGGAUUUAUUAUAAGAAACAAAGCUAGACUUGUAGCUCAAGGGUACCUUCAAGAGGAAGGCAUCGACUACGAUGAGACCUUUGCCCCUGUAGCUAGAAUUGAAUCCAUUAGGCUGCUAUGUGCUUUUGCUAGUCAUAUGGGUUUCCCAUUAUAUCAAAUGGAUGUUAAAAGUGCAUUCUUGAAUGGGAUCAUUCAAGAAGAGGUAUAUGUGUCACAACCUCCUGGUUUUGUUGACUUUGAACAUCCAGAUCAUGUUUACAAACUCAACAAGGCAUUAUAUGGUCUCAAACAAGCUCCUAGAGCAUGGUUUGAGCGCCUCACUGCCUUUUUGAUCGAAAACUCUUUCACUCAAGGAGGAAUAGACAAAACUCUAUUCAUCAAACAAAUAAAUGGCAAAAUUCUUCUUGUGCAAAUUUAUGUAGAUGAUAUAGUCUUUGGAUCAACUGAUCCAUCUCUGUGCACUGAGUUUUGUAAUUCUAUGCAAUCUGUUUUCGAAAUGAGCAUGAUGGGGGAGCUCAAAUUCUUCCUUGGUCUUCAAGUUAAGCAGACCCCCUCUGGAAUCUUUAUUAACCAGUCUAAGUAUGUGCAAAAUAUGCUUGAUAAAUUUGGUUUCAAUAAUCUUAAAUCAAGUAAAACCCCGAUGGCUGUGAACAUUAAGUUAGAUAAGGAUGUUACAGGAGUUCCAGUAGAUGAAAAGAAAUUUAGGGGUAUGGUUGGCUCUCUUCUAUACUUGACUGCUAGUAGACCAGACAUUCAUUAUAGUGUGUGCAUGUGUGCUCGAUUCCAGUCAGCCCCUAAAGAAAGUCAUCUAACUGCCAUUAAGAGGAUCUUUAGAUAUUUAAAAGGAACUCCUGAGCUAGGCCUAUGGUAUCCUAAACAUAACAACUUCUCUCUAAUUGGCUAUAGUGACUCAGAUUUUGCUGGCAGCCUAACUGAUAGGAAAAGCACCACUGGGACAUGUCAGUUUGUAGGAACAUCCUUGGUGUCUUGGUCUUGCAAAAAACAGGGUGCUGUUGCCCUCUCUACUGCUGAAGCAGAAUAUAUUGCUGCAGGCAGUUGCUGCACGCAGCUCAUUUGGCUUAAGAAUCAGCUUAGGGAUUAUAAUGUUCUUACCCAUUCCAUACCUCUUCUCUGUGAUAAUACUAGUGCCAUCUGUAUGGCAAAAAAUCCUGUCCAGCAUUCUAGAACUAAGCAUAUAGAGGUUAAGUAUCACUUCAUUCGGGAUUUAGUUCAGCAACAUACCAUAACUAUUAGUCAUAUCCCCACUGAGUAUCAACUAGCUGAUCUAUUUACGAAAGCCUUGAAUGCUGAUCGUUUUACUUUCCUUUGUUAUGAGAUAGGGUUGAGAUCUCCAGAUAAUCUGGAAGAUUUGCCCUGA